CGCUGCACUGUGUCUUUAAGACAUUCAACUGCAUGUAUAGCAAGCCUUCGCUCAGCGGCAUUUACAAGCGCGAGCACUUCAGAGAAUAGACACUGUUACAGCACUGCAAUAUAGAUGGAAUUGUAAUAAUGGAAUACCACUGGGUACUGUUUUCUGUCUUGUUGCAGUUAACCUUCCAAACAGGUAAGACGUAAUAUUUGUCAACAUUGUCUCUUUGCCAACUGUUGUGGGCUAGUUGUUGUUUUACAUAAGUUUAUUGCUCACACUUCACGAACAUCACCUUGGUCACUACACUAAAUUGCAUUUUUGCCACUUUUGUUCAUUAUAAUUAUUUGUUCGUUUUUCAUGUUGGCUAUAAAUAUGUAAUUUCUAUUCAGUUAAGGAUUGUAUUGUAGCCUAAACUACACACAUUUUCAGCACGUUAUAACUUUGUAUUGUCUAUAAUUUUGUCAACACAGAUCGUUCAGGACGUAGAGAUAGCCUGCCUACUUGUUGGUUACCCUGUACCUUGACAUUUUCAGUUAGUCACUGAAACCUAAUGAGGAAAUUGGAUAUUUGUGCGCUCAGCAUCAGUUUGUGCUCCUCUCAAUUAUUCAUCUAGCAGGCCGGGCACAGUACGGAGACAUUGGCCAAAAGUAAAUAAACAGCGAUUUAUUUAUGGAGAGAUUUAUAAUUGACAUCGUUGUAGGCUAAAGUAAAGAUUUAGACAUUACAAUUAGGAAUCUUUCUUGAAAGAAUGCAACUUGUUGUUUUGAUCAACUAGAUUAUUUGGGAAUAGGCCAGGUACCCUAGUUAUAAUGCACAACAUUAGUUCAACAGCCUAUUUGUAUAGGCUCGCUAAAUACUUUGUUCCUUUCCAAGAGCCUCGAGUCAUUGGCGCAGAAAGCGCUGCGCUGGCCAGUUGCUGUUGUCAAGUCUUGUCAUUUCAGCGAUGCCGCUGAUAACUUUAAUUAUGGAAAUGUCUAGGAAUUCCUUGGAAGUAUGCUAAUAAACACUGGCAGUGGUAUUGUCGGAAAAUUUGUUUUGCAUAGACCUACAGCCUUUGGCUGUUUAUAGAUGUUCUGUGACCAUUAUACAGAGGCUUUUGUCAUAUAUAUUUUUUUAUAUCAACUAUGUUUAUAUCAACAUACCCAUUCAAACUCUAUUUUGUAAGCCUUGGCAUGGUGUUUUGAUGUUAGGACUUCAGGUGCCAUGUAAAAAAUAUUUGACAUGAUUUACAACAUGCCUCACCUGUGAAUGAGCAGUAUUGAGCUGUGAGUGGUAUGCCUAUCUCUGCUUGUAAUUGCUUACAUCGUUUAAGAAUCAAUCCAAACACCCACUUGAAAACACACAACAGGCAAAGGCAGAUAAAUAAUGUCAGUUAUCCUGUGAAGCGAUGGGGGAGUUUGUCUGCAGGGUGGGUUUGGGUUGGUUUGUGGUCUGUUACAGUGGCGCGCCGUGCGUUGUCCUUGGCACGUCUUUGUCCUGGAUGUACAGCCUAGGCAAGUUCUGUCUGCUUCUCGCCAGUUUAGGGGUUGUUUUUAUCAGUUGUAUUCUGCAGGUGGAGUUUAUUUUGUUCUGCCUGCAAGUGAUUUUCCUUUUCCACAUACACUCUGCUAAAUUCUAUUUAGGCUAUAUUCCAAUGGUGGUCAGGCCAUUUAAGAUUAGGGAUAAUUUAUUUUAUUUUUACGAGUGUGCCCUUAUUUCCAUUACAGCAUAUUGGAUGACCGUCAUUCAUAUUCCAUUCACCCAGCUCAAUGGAACAUCGAUAGGUUAAUACUACUACAUGAUACUAGAAUUCAAUUAGCCCUAUACCCAUCAUGAGGUUGCUACAACCUAUCCUAACGGUUGAGAAACAAAUUGGAGUAAUCAAGGUAACAGAUAGCGACACAUUCAAUACCACCUUGCACAAUCUUACCAGCAUCUAGCUCAGGGAUGGGCAACUCCAGUCCUUGGUGGCCAGAUUGGUGUCACACUUUUGCCCCAGUUCCAGCUAACACACAUAACUCCAAUAAUCAACUAAUCAUGAUCUUCAGUUUAGAAUGCAAUUUGUUUAAUCAGGUGUGUUUGCUAGGGAUGGGGAAAAAGUGUGACACUACUCCGGCCCCCGAGGACUGGAGUUUCCCCUCUAGCUGAUCUGGGGUGUAAUCAUUAGGCCAAACAAGAGUUUCUAUUUGCCAAAUUUAGAUAGGUCCCUCCCCAUUUUGUUAGUUUGCUUCCAUUUAAGAAACAUUUUUGCAACAGAAUCGGCGGAAUGAAUACACCCAUGAUCACCCGCACACAGUUCACUUUCAUAGCAGCCACAUGCAGCAUCAUCACUUUGCUCGUUUUAUAAUUCCUUCUCAAAUCUACAUGCUCUUUUCCUCACCUUUUCCCUUCACUUGUGGACUUCAGUGCACAACACAACAGCUGUCUGUGACCAGGCGCAAAAACCUAUCCAAGACAAACCUUCAUACCAUAACUGCUAACCGCUACACAGCCUACAUUGUUGUCACCAUAUUAACAUUAUAGUCAUCAAACUAGAGCUAACACGAUAGUAAACCCACAAUCCAAUCCAUGUGUAAAAUAACGCAGUACAGUGUAUAGCAAGCAGUUUAGCAGUUACACCUGCGGGUCACGGUGGCAAUAAAUUCAUAAAACUGAAAGCUUAGCUUGACUUGGAAGAGUUGUGGUGUUGGAUAGACUUAGCCAGCUAGCUAGCUAUCAUAAAUAGCAUUCCUCUCUGUAUGAGUCAGGUUGUUGAGUAAAUAAAAUUACAUUUUAUUUGUCACAUGCGCCGGAUACAACAGGUGUAGACCGUACCGUGAAAUGCUGACUUACAAGCCCUUAACCAACAAUGCAGUUUUAAGAAAAAUAAGAGUUAAGAAAAGAUUUACUAAUAACAACAAAAUAGCAAUAACGAGGCUAUAUACAGGGGGUACCGGUACCAAGUCAAUGUGCGGGGGUACAGGUUAGUCGAUGUAAUUGAGGUAAUAUGUACAUGUAGGUAGGGGUAAAGUGACUAUGCAUAGAUAAUAAACAGCGAGUAGCAGCAGCGUAAAUAGUCCGGGUAGCCAUUUGAUUAGUUGUUCAGCAGUCUUAUGGCUUGGGGGUAGAAGCUGUUAAGAAGCCUUUCGGACCUAGACUUGGCGCGCCGCUAAAUUAGCGGCAUUAUCUAAGUAAGUGAAAGGUAAACUAAGAAGAAAAGAAAUACAACAAAAUAUCUCUCUCUCUAUCUGCUGCUUCUCCUUCAUUUUUGAAUAAAUUAAUUUGUUCAAAACUGUUCAACUAUUGUCUUUCUCUCCCUUUGAGUCAACUACUCACCACACUUUAUGCACUGCAGUGCUAGCUAGCUGUAGCUCAGGGAUGGGCAACUUGAUCAGCGGGCCUACAAAAGCGGGACUCCUUACGGGCCGCCAGUUGCCCAUCCCUGCUGUAGGUUGGAGGACGUCCUCCGGAAGUCGUCAUAAUUAAGUCUAUGGAAGGGGGCGAGAACUAGGGAUUAACAUGGUUAACCGGGAUCCCGGGACUGUCCCGGGAAAACUCUUCACAUUUCCUGAAAAAUAAAAUGACAAGACCCGGGAAAUUAAAACAUUUUCCCCCAAUGUCGCACUAAUGCAAUUCCACAAAAUACACAACAUGCGCAGCAGCAGAUUAGCAAAAAAGAAAAUAGCACAUUAUCCAAACAGGUUGUCACAUGGAAGCCUUUAGCCUAGUGUAUCUACUUCACACAAAGUCACAAUAAAUUCAAAGCACACGCAUAAUUGACACUGCCGGAUUGCACACACGAACCAUAUGCAGUUAAUAAACCAUAACACCUCCUCCAUGCUUUAUGGUGGGAAAUACACAUGCAGAGAUCAUUCGUUCACCUACACCGCGCACGACAGAAUCAAUGUUAAUUGAUAGUCCCGUUUUAGUAGUGUCUGCUCUGCGCGCAAUUUGAGGAGUUGCGACAUAAAAAGGGUAUCGUUAGAAAGGUUAACUUCUGCUCUACUACAGUAAAAUAAUGUCUCAAUGAGUUUGUGUCCAUAUGACAGAUUCUGGUGGACCAAACCUGAAAUGCAAAUAGAGAGUUGAAACCACUUGUCAGAGAGGAAGAGGUGAUCUCUCAUCUUUGUUGUUGUGAGUGGCAGGGGGAGGGUCUUGGUGUAGCUUAGUGGUUAAGGGGGCGGCAGGUAGCUUAGUGGUUAAGAGCGUUGUGCCAGUAACCGAAAGGUCGCUGGUUCUAAUCCCCAGCCAACUAGGUGAAAAAUCUGUCGAUGUGCCCUUGAACAAGGCACUUAACCCUACUUGCUCCUGUAAGUCGCUCUGGAUAAGAGCGUCUGCUAAAUGACGUAAAUGUGUGUGAACAGAAAGGAAGAUGCAAAGCGAGAGGUUUCACUCUCGCCAAAACUGUCCAAAAUAAGCCCACUGUCGCCUGCCUUCCCGCCUUUGGGACAAUGACUCCCAUUGUUGGGGCGGAGACAUGAGCAUCUCAUUAUAUACAGAUCUCUGGUAUACAUGGGAAGGUGCACAAAGCACAGAAGGGGCAAAGGAGACGAGACCAAAAAGCGGACAUAAACGCUCUUUAAAAACGUAAAAUAAAAAAAAUCUUGAUACAUGCGUUUGGAAUAUAUCGUGCAAAAACAUACAUUAGAAUUAAUCAAAUUUCUUUGAGAUAUCGUCCUAGCCUAUGCACAAUUCACUACAUAGGCAUCUCCGUCACAGACAUGAAGUCUGUUAACGAUUGAGAGAGGCAUGAGGGAAAAUUCUGUCUUCUCCAGUCCUAGAGCUUAGGCUAUUUCCCUAUCCAGUCCCAAUCCCACUGAAACCCAAAAUCCUGACUCCUGUAUUGCAUGAAAAUUCCUAACUUUAUUCUGUAAUCCAAAGGUUGUAUUAUCAAAGCAUGUCUCUCACCUAUGCAUGUUAAAAUACCACUAUAACAUUUCCCCCGCUUCUCUGCGUUAUCUCGUACUUGCUGCCCAUAUGAGAGCUUCGGUAGAGAAUGUGUGAUCAACAAACAGUACAAGAGUAGAUAUAAGAGUAGAUAUGGAUAUAGUUGGAAGCACAGAAUCGUCUAGAAUGUCAUUGUAGGCUGUAGCGUAAAGAUUUCCCUUCACUGGAACUAAGGGGCCUAGCCCGAACCAUGAAAAACAGCCCCAGACCAUUAUUCCUCCUCCACCAAACUUUACAGUUGGCACUAUGCAUUCGGGCAGGUGGUGUUCUCCUGGCAUCCGCCGAACCCAGAUUAGUCCGUCGGACUGCCAGAUAGUGAAGCGUGAUUCAUCACUCCAGAGAAUGCGUUUCCACUUCUCCAGAAUCCAAUGGCAGCGAGCUUUACACCACUCCAGCCGACGCUUGGCAUUGCGCAUGGUGAUCUUAGGCUUGUGUGCGGCUGCUCGGCCAUGAAAACCCAUUUCACGAAGCUCCCGACGAACAGUUAUUGUGCUGACGUUGCUUCCAGCGGUAGUUUGGAACUCGGCAGUGAGUGUUGCAACUGAGGACAGACAAUUGUUAAGCGCUACGCACUUCGGCACUCGGUGGUCCCAUUCUGUGAGCUUGUGUGGCCUACCACUUCGCAGCUGAGCUGUUGUUGCUCCUAGACGUUUCCACUUCACAAUAACAGCACUUACAGUUGACCGGGGCAGCUCUAGCAAGGCAGAUAUUUGACGAACUGACUUGUUGGAAAUGUGCCAUCCUAUGAAUGUGCCACGUUGAAAGUCACUGAGCUCUUCAAUACUCUAUCAUUAGUAAAUAUUGCUCUGAAAUCUUUACAUAGUGGCGCAGCCAAGCCGACAUGGAGGCACAAGCGCUAGCAUAGUGACCAUAUCUUGGUUUAAAUGCUGUAAAUGGGCACUUCCUUUUUUUGCUGUAUUUCCCACGACUAUCGGGAUAAAUAUGAAUUAUUCCCGACAUUGAAACUUGGUUGAUUUUCGGGGAAAUAUGAAUCCCUAGUGAGAACAAUGAGGAGGACGGAAAAUAGCUGUCCUCCGGCUACACCAUGUUGCUGUUGAAGCUACUGUAGACCUUCAUUGCAAAACUGUGUUUUAAAUUAAUCAGUUAUUUUGUGACGUGAAUAUAUUUAGUAUAGUUUUAUCUAAAAUGCUAACUUUUUUAAUGUUUCACUAUUUUUAUUUUUAUGAAAUUAACUGAGUUGGAAGGUCCUCCCCUUGCUCCUCUGAGGAGCCUCCACUGCUAUAUUCAGUGUUCUGGUUUUGACUAUUUUAUAAAAAAAAUAAAAACAUUUCAGUUGGCUUGAGAGCCAAAGGGUGCCUAGGGAAUGGAACGGGAGAGAACUUUGUUGGCCUUCAAAGCAAAAUCAAUAUGACACUCCGCCAGUGCUGAUAUUGCUGCAGGUAGAUUUCAAGUUGUGCCAAAAAUUGUACAUGGUGCAUAGUUUUACAUCUUUGCCAAAGCGAUAACUCACCUGUCAUUUUUCAGUCAUGAAGUGGUGUCAAUAUAUUGAUGGGAGUGCUAUGAUAAUGAUCUGUAUUACUAUCAAAAUGCAUGCAUAACAAGCUAUGAGGCUCUCAUCUACCCAUCCUCAGUAUAUACAUACAUUUCUAACCUACUAUUACUGUUGAAGUACCUGCAGUGCACUCUUUGCUGUUAAAGAUACAGGUAACUGCUAAUAUAAAGGAAACACUUGAGUAAAAGGUGUGGUUCCUGAUUAAGCAAUUAACAUCACAUCAUGCUUAGGGUCAUGUAUAAAAAUGCCCAGUUGCCCAUUAUUUUGGCUACCAUGGCUAGAAGAAGAGAUCUCAGUGACUUUGAAAGAGGGGUCUCAAAGGAGCAUAGGGGGUUUAAAGGGUGUUUGUGUGUGUGUGUGUGUGUGUCUCAGUCACCAGAUCUCAACCCAAUUUAACACUUAUGGGAGAUUCUGGAGCGGUGCCUGAGACAGCGUUUUCUACCACCAUCAACAGAACACGAAAUGAUGGAAUAUAUCGGAAGAAUGGUGUCACAUCCCUCCAAUACAGUUCCAGGCACUUGUACAAUCUAUGCCAAGGUGCAUUAAAGCUGUGCUAGCAGCUCGUGGUGGCCCAACACCCUAUUAAAUCACUUUAUGUUGGUGUUUCCUUUAUUUUGGCAGUUAACUGUAGGUACUUGUAUGUCUUACUUAUUUGCUCCAUUCUGUUAAACGUACCUGUACUCUUAACUUUUCACCCAUCUAAACACAAAUGAGAGUGAAAUUCUCCCAUAUACAGUAAAACGGAAUUAUCAUUAGCCUAUAGAUACUGUUCAAGGUCCAUUGGAAACUAACCAAUGUCAGUCGUGAGGACUGUGGCGUGUUAUAAUUCAAUUUUCAGCAGUGGUGUAGUGGUGCCUGGAGAAGUGGGUUUAAUUAAAAUGGCCCGCCCGGCGAAGGAAAGGCGCCCUGUGUGAAAAAGUAUAUGAGAAACAGUGACAUACACUCUGAAUGACCUAAAAUGAUCAAUCCCAUGUUGGUCUUUCACAGUCAGGCCAACCCAAGCUGUACUGUGCAGUAAGCUAAUAGUAGGCCUACUAUUGAAAUAGAUAAAUGAGGGUGUCAACUGAGUCAGAAAUUCACCGGUUUCAGAUUUCCCCCUAUUUUUUCAGGUUUCUGUUCUCAGUCAACAUUUUUUUAAACAGAAAAAUAGCAAAAUUCUAUGUUCUAUGUCCAUAACAAUACUUAAAUCACAUCAGGAGACCACUUCUGAGGUCUGGGAAAAAUCUGAGUUUGAGUGUAGUUCCCCUUUAAUUCAAGUGUGCAGGCACCAAUAACUGUUUGGUUUGCAGUGUUUCUGUAGCACAUGAGAUGGAGUUUGCAAAAUAAAUGGCCACUGGAUUGAUUCAAUAUGAAUGAUAUCAUUCUGACAGGUAGGCAUAGGAACAUUCACGCGUAGGCCUACUGUCGUGUGUACAUUGCUGCACCUAAAAUGUGAAGAAAUAAUAGUUAAUCAACAUUUUAAACUAAAUACUCCGAUCUGUUUCAUCAGCCCUAUUAAUGGAUAAGGUGUAAACCUCCACUAUCACUACUUUGAUAUGUAUCAGUGGGGAUUAAGAAGUGAGUAUACACUCCAUUACACCACUGAUUUUCAGUGAUUCUGUGUAUGAUAUCCAGAGUACAGGAGGUUGGUGGCACCUUAAUUUGGGAGGACGGGCUUGUGGUAAUGACUGGAGCAGAAUUAGUGGAAUGGUAUCAAAUACAUCAAACAAAUGGAUCGCAUGUGUUUGAUGCCAUUCCAUUCGCUCCGUUCCAGCCAUUAUUAUGAGCCGUCCUCCACUCUGCAGCCUCCACUGAUCCAGAGCCUGUUUUAUCUAUACUGUACUGUAAUGAAGAUCCCAACCAUGUUACCACAGGCAGCUCCAGGCCCACCAUCACCCCCAGCAACCCCCACCUGGUCAUUCCACUCAAUGCCCCCUUCAGUCUGCAUUGCCAGGGUGACCAGGUGAUGCGGUGGCAGCGGGAGGACCGUCCAAAGCUGAGGGGCGAGGUGCGGAGUAAUGGGGCGUCCGACCUGAAAAUCCCCAAAGCUCAGCCUGUCCACAUGGGCCGGUACAUCUGCCUGGAGGAGAGCAGUGGAGAGCAGAGCUCUGUCUACGUCUUUGUCAAAGGUGUGUGUUUCUGACUGAACAUUCAUGGCCCUGUGUGCCUGUGUGGGCAUGUAUGUGAGAUGUGUAUGUGAGAUGUGAUAUGUUUAUGUGUAUCAGGGUAUCAGUGAGUGAGUGAGUGAGUGAGUGAGUGAGUGAAAGAGAGGGGGCGGGAGAAAGUGUGCACAUGGGAAAGGUACCUGUUUUACUCUGAUCUUGUGAACAUUUCUUUGAGGCAGAACAAGUGAUAAAACCUUUUCUUAGAGGGGAAUUGUUUGUGGUUGUGUUUGUGCAUGAAGGUUUUUACAAGUGUCUCCUGGAUCGAUAGGUAUUUGGAUCAGUCUUUGGAUCUUCAACACUACUUAGACUAGUACCAUGACCAUAGGGCAGUACAUCUAGAUAGAACUGCUUAUUUCUUGGAAACUGCCUACUGUGUGUGUGUGUGUGUCAGUGAUUGAUUGAUUAUUGCCUAAAGAGCAAACUGGAUCUGUCUCAAUGUUUGGCUAACACAAUUAGCACUAUCUCCUAAUCUCUUCUCUCAGUAUUAUACAUACAGUACAUACGUACAGCUUUCCAUAUACACUGUAAAAAGUGGGACGACGCCUUUGUUAAUCUGAAGUGCUUUUACUGAUUGGAAUGAUUGAAAAUUAUACUUUGGUUUGUUCAACCUAUUCUAUUCAAUUUGUCUGAUAUCAAAUAACAAAUUUGACAGAUCAAUGUGAUUUUUGGAAUUGAAUUGAAUGAAAGCUUCUGAAUUGCUUUCAACGCUUGCGGUAGGGGCAAUGUAGCGGUGGCAGCCUUGCAGAAGAUUUGGAGGCGUGACUUAUUGGGGGCAUGGUUUUCAGGUUGUUCUUUUUGGCUACCCAUGAGAGUGAAUGUCAUCCCAGUUAAUGUGGUCUAUUGUAAUCGACAUUCAAACUUAAAUUUCUAUACUGCCAGGUUUUGUAAUGAUACUGGCAUAAGUGCAUGUGAAACUGAAGCAUGUUCUAUGUUAAGGUAGCUAAUAUUUGGUUAUGAAAUUGUGGCUGCUAAAUAUGAAACUAUUUUGUAAGUUAUUUCAAGCUAUUGAACAAACUUAAUUUCUCAAUUUACAGGGAGUUUAUUUAAUUGCUUGUAAUCCAAUUGAAGAAAUUUGGGUAGGUAAUUCCAAAUUAAAAAGUGAACUUGGAACGACAUGGUGGACAAAAUGUAAUGUAUUUACAUGAAAUAUUAGUUUGUAUGUUGUUAUUUAUUAGGUUGAACCAAAGGGGAAAAGUAAGUUGAGUGUUGAAAGAAAUAGGUUGCAACUUCAAAUAUAGGUUUCAUUAUAAUCAAAUAAAACAGUUGGCAUUAAAUCAUUUAUUUGGUUUCAACAAAUGUAGUAUUUAUCAAUUGAGAAAACAUAAUUAAUUUACUUCUAACCAGUUUAAGUGAUCAUUUUUUAGGUUGAUCCAAAUAUAAUUUUUGUACAGUCUACCUGAGGUUGUUUUCAUACCACACUGUUGAUUUUAAGUUGUUGUUUUGGCAGAUCCUGAUAAUGCCUUUAGAAAGACCAUAGUGUUCAGUAUCCUAACACGUGCGGGAGACAGCGCCUCCAUCCCCUGCCUAGCAACCGACCCGGGCGUGGUCAACCUGAGCCUGGAGCCGUGUCAUGGCGGUGCCCUCCCUACUGGCCUCCACUAUGUUGCCAGCCUGGAGCAGGGCAUGGUUAUCUACGACACUAAGAAGGCCUUCGAGGGCUGUUAUAUCUGCACUGGCAGACUUGGCGGCGCCCACGUUAAAUCACAUCACUAUGAUCUGACUGUGCGCCCAGGUAAAAUAGCAUUAUCUGUGUGUGUGUUCUGGAAUGUGUAUCCAGAUCUUUUAUUUUAUAUUCAAAAAAUGUUAUCUCAGUCCCAGAUGCAGCCCCUGUAAUUGAGAUGCAGGAACCCAAGAGGGUGGUCCUGACGCGGGGCCAGACUCUUACCCUGACCUGCAGCACCACCAACGUCAACGGAGACAUCAAGCUGAAGUGGGCUGCACCGCCCGGCACGGUGAGAACCCUUUGCCCUCUCUCUGGGGGGUUGACCAGGGAGGCUGGAGGGAUACCAAGGACAGAUCUCCAACAGAUUGACUGAAAGAGAGAUUGAGAUUGGAAUUUUAUUGGAAAAGCUGAAAAGAUAGAUGUCAAAUUCAGGGAUAUCAAGUUAUAACAAAAGCUCUCAGAACAAUGUUUGUAAGAUUUAGAGGGGACUAUAAGAGUUAUGAAGCAUUUACAAGAGAGUCCAAAACGCUCCAAGAUUGAAACUUCAGUAUCUUGAGAAACCAGUGUGAUGGGAGGUUGCAGGAUUACGUUUCUCAGGGUCGUCACGGUGAGGUGUGUGUUUACGCCUGUGUGUGUGUGUGUGUGAGAGAGAAGUUAGCCCUCCUAUCCCCCUGGCCAGGGAGGGAAGGAAUGCAGCCCAGGCCAGGAUUAACAGGGUUAAUCUCUAGACAUCUCUGGGUGUUGAUUGACAGGAUGCCGUGUGGGCUUCGUAUCCACAGCAACCGGCGGUGGAGAACGCCUCACGCAUCCUGACUGAGCCCAUCAAACACGUCCGCAGCGCUAGGCUCUACAUCAACUCUGUCAGGGCACGGGAUUCUGGGAGAUAUCGAUGUGAGGGUCAGAAUGAGAAGGGGAUCAGCUCUGAGUCAAUCUGGCUGGACGUCUAUGGUGAGUAUGGCAUUACAGUGUAUGGUCAAUUAUAUAAAACUACUGCUGAUCAAUAUUGAAAUUCUCAAUUUGAAUGGGUUGUAUUAUGUAUUUCCAUGACGUGAAACUAUCAAAACACUAAUUUGAAAACCUAAGUGGAAAUGAAGUGGUUUUGUUUAGAAUAUAUCACAGGCACUGUGACGUCAUUCUGUCUGACGUGUGGGUGGUUUAUCUUCCAGAUAGAGGCUUCAUUAAUCUGACUCCGUCAGACAACGGUACAGUGCGUGUUCGUGCUGGUGAGAGUUUGUCCCUGCGUGUGGACAUGGAGGCCUACCCCAAACCACACACCUUCACCUGGAGCUUAUCAGGCCAGCAGCUCAGGAACACCUCCGACCAUGUCAUCACCACACAGAACCACCAACACAGGUACACACACACACUAGAAAUUAAUUAGUGCCUCAGGGCUUUUAGUGAGUGGGAGUAUUGUGCAGUUAAACUAUGGGAAAAUAACUGGCUUUCUGGUGAUAAAUAACCAUGGGGCAGUUUCUGACCUAGCCAGAGCACUGCGCUGAUGAUUAUUUUCAAAAAUCAACUUCUAUAACGUGAGUUGUUUUUUAAAUGUUGUUAUUGAUUCAAUCACCAGGUACAACAGUGUGCUGAGGCUGGUGCGUUUAAAAACGUCAGAGAGUGGAGUCUACACCUUUUAUGCCUCCAAUGGUGAUGCAACAGUCAAUCAGUCAUUUUCAGUCUACGUAAUCAGUAAGUCGUAACAUUAUAUUCUCUAAAUGUUUUCUGUGCCCUGGAGCCACACAUACAUUAUGUAAGGAAAUGGGCAGUUAGAGACUUAAUUUCUACAUACUAUCAAUAUUAAGUAAUUAAGCAUUAACAUGAUGUGGCAUUUAUGACUAGAUUUUCACAGACCAUUCACCAUGUUAAAGUCCAAACACUUAUUCUCUCCCUCUCUCCCAACCAUCAAAACAGUAAAUCAGAGCAUUACAGUUGACGUACAGGCCCAUAACUAGGGAAAAUAGUUUAGGAUAUUAGUUUGCCAAUUUACUUCAAAUCACAUUUUUAUUGUCACAUGCUUCGUAAACAACAGGUGUAGACUAACAGUGAAAUGCUUACUUAUGGGCCCUUCCCAACAAUGCAGAAUACAAUAAAUAAAAUAAUAAUAGUAGGAAAAAGAAUUUACACGAGGAAUAAAUACACAAUGAGCAAUGAUAGCUUGGUUAUAUACAUGCGGUACCAGUACGUAGUCGAUGUGCAGGAGUACGAGGAAAUUGAGGUAGAUACAGUGGGGGAAAAAAGUAUUUAGUCAGCCACCAAUUGUGCAAGUUCUCCCACUUAAAAAGAUGAGAGAGGCCUGUAAUUUUCAUCAUAGGUACACAUCAACUAUGGCAGACAAAAUAAAAUAAAAAAUCCAGAAAAUCACAUUGGAGGAUUUUUAAUGAAUUUAUCUGCAAAUUAUGGUGGAAAAUAAGUAUUUGGUCAAUAACAAAAGUUUCUCAAUACUUUGUUAUAUACCCUUUGUUGGCAAUGACACAGGUCAAACGUUUUCUGUAAGUCUUCACAAGGUUUUCACACACUGUUGCUGGUAUUUUGGCCCAUUCCUCCAUGCAGAUCUCCUCUAGAGCAGUGAUGUUUUGGGGCUGUCGCUGGGCAAUACAGACUUUCAACUCCCUCCAAAGAUUUUCUAUGGGGUUGAGAUCUGGAGACUGGCUAGGCCACUCCAGGACCUUGAAAUGCUUCUUACGAAGCCACUCCUUCGUUGCCCGGGCGGUGUGUUUGGGAUCAUUGUCAUGCUGAAAGACCCAGCCACGUUUCAUCUUCAAUGCCCUUGCUGAUGGAAGGAGGUUUUCACUCAAAAUCUCACGAUACAUGGCCCCAUUCAUUCUUUCCUUUACACGGAUCAGUCGUCCUGGUCCCUUUGCAGAAAAACAGCCCCAAAGCAUGAUGUUUCCACCCCCAUGCUUCACAGUAGGUAUGGUGUUCUUUGGAUGCAACUCAGCAUUCUUUGUCCUCCAAACACGACGAGUUGAGUUUUUACCAAAAAGUUCUAUUUUGGUUUCAUCUGGCCAUAUGACAUUCUCCCAAUCCUCUUCUGGAUCAUCCAAAUGCACUCUAGCAAACUUCAGACGGGCCUGGACUGGCUUAAGCAGGGGGACACGUCUGGCACUGCAGGAUUUGAGUCCCUGGCGGCGUAGUGUGUUACUGAUGAUAGACUUUGUUACUUUGGUCCCAGCUCUCCGCAGGUCAUUCACUAGGUCCCCCCCCGUGUGGUUCUGGGAUUUUGCUCACCGUUCUUGUGAUCAUUUUGACCCCACGGGGUGAGAUCUUGCGUGGAGCCCCAGAUCGAGGGAGAUUAUCAGUGGUCUUGUAUGUCUUCCAUUUCCUAAUAAUUGCUCCCACAGUUGAUUUCUUCAAACCAAGCUGCUUACUUAUUGCAGAUUCAGUCUUCCCAGCCUGGUGCAGGUCUACAAUUUUGUUUCUGGUGUCCUUUGACAGCUCUUUGGUCUUGGCCAUAGUGGAAUUUGGAGUGUGACUGUUUGAGGUUGUGGACAGGUGUCUUUUAUACUGAUAACAAGUUCAAACAACAAAAUAUUGCUUGUUUGUAGGUGACCAAAUACUUAUUUUCCACCAUAAUUUGCAAAUAAAUUCAUUAAAAAUCCUACAAUGUGAUUUUCUGGAUUUUUCUCUCUCAAUUUGUCUGUCAUAGUUGACGUGUACCUAUGAUGAAAAUGACAGUCCUCUCUCAUAUUUUUAAGUGGGAGAACUUGCACAAUUGGUGGCUGACUAAAUACUGUUUUCCCCCACUGUAUGUUCAUAUAGGUAGGGGUAAAGUGACUAGGCAACAGGAUAGAUAAUAGACAGUAGCAGCAUCGUAUGUGAUGAGUGUGGAAGUGUGUGUGUGGCGAAUGUGUGCCUGUGUUAUGUGUGAGUGUGUGUGUACAUGUUGGAGUGUCAGUGUAAGUAUGUUUGAAUGUGUGAGUACUUGUCAUUCAUGCUAAGAAUCCCCACCUGGCAUCAUCACUAACAUCUCUGUGCUCCUGUCAGGUAAACCAGAGAUUGUAUCUCAUGAGGGCCCGGUGGACGGACAGGUGCGAUGUGUGGCUAAGGGAUACCCCGCCCCACAGAUCACCUGGUACUAUUGUGAACAACCCUAUAUGAGGUGAGAACACACACAUACUCACAAUGGCAUGCUAUAAUUGGACUGCGUUGAUAGAUCAAGGGAAUGUUUUAAUGUAACUGUAAUUACUUAAUGUUACUCUGAGAAGAUAUUUGUUUCAACCCUCAGUAAGAGGGUUUCAACAUGGUCUAAUUAUCUUGACCUUCCCACAGUAGAAGCAGAUGUGGGAUUGGACAAGCAUGACUUGCUGGUGGACUGAAGGGAGAUUACCCUUAUGUGAUUAGGGAUUGGACAGAGAUGAUUUGUGAUUGGUUUGUUGGCUUGGCACAAGAGGACUGUGUUAUGAUUUGGGGAUUGGACAGUAUGUUCUAGGAAGUUCCCUUUCAGUCAGUCACUCGGUAUAACAUACUAUGGGGAGUCAAUGACCAAUCCUAUUCGCCUAAAGCAAACUGACAUCAUGCCCAACGGGCCAAUGGAUGGCGAGCCCGCCCUCGGGAACCCCCGCCUUCCUGGCUAUAAUACCGGGGCUCGCAUCUAUUUCCAAAAUGUUCCGCUCUUCAGCUCAUCUGAAGGAAGAACGUGUCACACAAUUUAGAAACCUUUCAAGCACACAAAGGCUACAAGAUUCGGCUCUGACUUAGCUGUCUGUUAGUGGGGAGAAAGGAAUUGUCCCUCUAGAUGUUGCGAGUUUUGGGUCGCGCUGUGUGUUAGCUAUUCGGAAAGAGGGAUUUGGUCAACAGCGCAAAGGGCGCUGCAUAUCAAUUACUUAGAGCUACUGACUGUUUUGCUAGCGCUGAGGCAUUUCCUUCCGAUGUUGGAGGGCCAGCAUGUGUUGUUAAGGUCCGACAACAGGACGGUGGUGGCGUACAUCAACAGGCGGGGAGGGAGGCGGUCUCACUCUCUCCUAACCUGGCUCGUUAUCUGCUCAUAUGGAGCAGUGCACAUUCCCUGUCGCUCAGAGUAACGUAUCUUCCCAGUUUUCUCAAUUUGGGUGCAGAUCUACUUUUAAGGGAAGGUCCUAUCUCUAUGGAGUGGGAACUGCACCCCUCGGUGGUGGCCCAGAUUUGGGACCGGUUCUGCAUAGCCGAUGUAGGUCUUACGCUUCGCGAGUAAACGUGCAUUGUCGUCUAUUCUUCUCAAUGAGGGAUCUGGGUGCUCCAUUGGGAACGGAUGCUUUGGCGUAUCAGUGGCCUCGGCCCCUGCUCUAUGCGUUCCUCUGGUGGACCUGAUUCAGGCCACCGUGCAGAGGGUCUGUUGUUGAUUGUGGUGGCUCCCCAUUGGCCCAGACAACCCUGGUUCCCGGAGAUAAUUCGCUUGUUGGGCGGGGUCCCGUGGGGGGUUCCAUGUCGUCGGGAUCUAUUGUCCCAGGCGCACGGGAGGAUUUGGCACCCAUGACUGAACGGUUGAAUUUGACGGCUAGGGGCUUACCCGCAAACGUGAUUACGACUAUACAGUCGGCCUGUGCGCGUCUACGAGAGAGUUAUAUACAUAUAAGUGGCACACGUUUCAGGGUUGGUGUCAGAUUGAGGGAGUUUCUCCUUUUCAGAUCUCUUUGGUGGACAUUUUGAUGUUUUUAAAAGAGCUUUUUGAACAGGGCCCUUAUUUUUCUUUUUUUAUAAUACCGGUGUGCCCUGGUAUUAUAGCCAGGAAGGCGGAGCUUCCGAGGCUGGCUCGGCAUCCAUUGGCCCAUUGGACGUGAUUUCAGUUUGCUUCAGGUGAAUAGGAUGGGUUGUUGACUCCCCAAAGUAUGUUAUACCUCGUUCCCUCCUUCAGGGAACAGUAGUAAUAUUCAUAACUCCCGGUUAUUUAUAAUGAUAAGCAUAGCAACACCAAUCCAAGGAAACUCUGGUAAUGAGUCAGAGGCGAUUGGCUAAUCAUUAUCUUAUCACUUUCAAUUAUGAUCAAAUCGACUUAGAGAGCUGUCCAACUCAAACAAACAUGCGUACAGUUACCCUUGAAAUGUCUAUUUAAUUUGUUUGUUUACAUAAGGCACAAGGUGAUGGUUUGGAAUGCCUCAAUGUCUAAAAUCAAACUUUAUUGACACACACACAUAUGAGAGAGGCACUGAGAUAGUUGGGCGAUGUCAACCUUUGUCCUAUUAUGAUUAUGUACUUUUUUAUUGAAAUUGAGAUUGUUUUCACUUCCGGUACCUCUAAGGUAUUGUUGUUUUAGUAGAUGCUGACAUGGAAGAACAUACAGUAUAUCCUUUAGUUUGGUGUGGAAGACUGGCAUUGUAGGGGAUGGAUUGAUUUAGCCUGGCACAGCGAGGUUUUAUUUACAAACAUUUUAGACCAAUGUAUGCUUGUACGCGUCAUGCCCCUGUUCUGUCCAAAGACUCUCUGUACCUGGCUGUUGUUUUGAGGGCACACAUGGUGAACAGAAUAGGGAAAAGUUGGGAUGGUUGACUCUAAAUGACCUGUAUCUCAAUCAACAUUUCCUCACUUUUAAAUGUCCUGAUCUAAUGUGAUCCCUUAGUCUCCUGUUUGUAUACUCAUAACAGCACAUUCAUCCAUGUUACAAUUACAACUGUUGUGUUUAUAGAGACACAUGAAACAAGCAACAUUAAAUGAAAUCAACUAAAAACUACAUCCAAAUGCAGUCACAUUAGUUUGCUUGAAAGUUUGUCCCGUCCCUCAGGUGCUCCCACCAGAUGAAUGCCACUCAGGAGGAGCAGGACAUUGUCACAGUGACAUUGUUGAGUCCCUCCUUUGGGAAGACAGAGGUAGAGAGCAGGCUGAACAUCACCACGGGAAGAUUCCACACGUUGGAGUGUGUGGCCACAGUGGAGGGAGAGCAGGCCUACACACUGUUCUCUAUCAGUGGUGAGUUGUGGUGACACACACGCAUGCACACACACACUUACACACACACAUAGCAGUAUACAAAUGAGUGGGGGGUUAUUGGGGGGGGAGCUUGUAGAUAUAUAUUUUUUAUAGAUAAUACUCAAUACGAAAACUGAAUUAAUGUCAGUUAUGCAGUACUAACUAAAGUCUAGGCUGUGUUACAUUCAGGUCACGAAGGCCAUUCAUUCAGGUCAGUCCUGCUCUCAUUAUGUCUAACCUGAGGUGCAGCGUUACAGCUGUUUCUCUUUAUGUGGAUCAAGGUCAUGUAAGUGAUCCGUACCAUCAACACUCUUCAGUUCAACUCGAAGGAUUUCGCAAUUAGGUUCAGCUGAAUGUUUACGAAAGACUUGGGUUUUGGAAAUAGAUCUUACCUAUAAAUAGAGGUGCAAUAUAACACAUUGAUAUAGGGCUGGAGUCUGUUAGGUAAACAUAGGCGGAGAGAGAUACCACAAACCUGUGUGAUUUGUGAUAAUGUCUCAUCACUUACUAGCAGAAAUGAUAAUCAGUGGUAGGGGCAUAGUGUAAUUUUGGACCACAAAUCCAACUUUCUAGAACAUUCUGUUUAUAUACUGUCUGAUGCGCUAGUCUAGUAUGACGGCAGUUGAAACCAGAGUGAGAAGAGAGUUAUCUUAGCGUGGGUAUGGAGAAUGAGAUUGGGAUGGUGUAGAGGUGGAGGGGAAGCUGCCUGGGUACAGUGGCCAUGUGGGAGGGCAAUAUGGAUGAGGAGUGUGUAGCCAGGCACGACAGGCUUGUGGGAGCUUGUGCCCAGGCCUUAGUGCUCAGUGGAGUAGGGCAGACACGUGGAGACAUGCAGGGAAGUCUGGACCACAGUUGGAGUCCUUGCCACUUUGAAUGUUUAAACAUUGUGGGAAUUUUGGACGUGGCCAGCAAAGGAGGCAGGAAGCUGUAGGGAAAGAAUAGAGGGAUGGAGGGAGAGCUUUAAAAGCCACUGACAGAUUUACAGAGGAUUAGUUCCUGCAGACUCUGCAUUCUAAGAUGAUUUGAAAUGGAGAGAAAGCCUCUUAUGGCUAAAGAGCUUAUUACACCUAGUGUACAGAGCUAGGAAAAUAAUAACACCACAAACAGCUACAGUAUACAAAGGAAGACUUAUUAUACAGCAGUUUUACACAACAACAGCAGCAGUACUGGCGCAGUGGUCUAAGGCACUGCAUCGCAGUGCUAGCUGUGCCACUAGAGAUCCUGGUUCGAAUCCAGGCUCUGUCGUAGCCGGCCGCGACCGGGAGACCCAUGGGGAGGCGUGCAAUCGGCCCAGCGUCGUCCAGGGUAGGGGAGGGAAUGGCCGGCAAGGAUGUAGCUCAGUUGAUAGAGCAUGGCGUUUGCAACGGCAGGGUUGUGGGUAAAAAAAUAAAAAAAAUUAUGUAUGCACUAACUAACUGUAAGUCGCUCUGGAUAAGAGCGUCUGCUAAAUGACUUAAAUGUAAAUGUAAAUGCUACAGCAUGCUACAUACAGUGCCUUCGGAAAUAAUUCAGACCCCUUGACUUUUUCCACAUUUUGUUAGGUUACAGCCUUAUUCGAAAAUUUAUUAAAUUGUUUUUUCCCCUCAACAAUCUACACACAAUACCCAAUAAUGACAAUGUAAAAACAGUUUAUUUGACAUUUUUGCUAAUUUAUAAAAAAUUAAAACGGAAAUAUUAUAUUUACGUAAGUAUUCAGACCAUUUACUCAGUACUUUGUUGAAGCACCUUUGGCAGCGAUUACAGCCUCAAGUCUUCUUGGGUAUGACACUACAAGCUUGGCACACCUGUAUUUGGGGAGUUUCUCCCCCAUUCUUCUCUGCAGAUCCUCUCAAGCUCUGUCAGGUUGGAUGGGGAGCGUUGCUGCACAGCUAUUUUCAGGUCUCUCCAGAGAUGUUAGAUCGGGUUCAAGUCCGGGCUCUUGCUGGGCCACUCAAGGACAUUCGGAGACUUGUCCCGAAGCCACUCCUGUGUUGUCUUGGCUGUGUGCUUAGGGUCAUUGUCCUCUUGGAAGGUGAACCUUCGCACCCGUCUGAAGUCCUGAGCAUUCUGGAGCAGGUUUUCAUCAACUAUCUGUCUGUACUUUGCUCCGUUCAUCUUUCCCUUGAUCCUGACUAGUCUCCCAGUCCCUGCCGCUGAAAAACAUCCCCACAGCAUGAUGCUUCACCGUAGGGAUGGUGCCAGGUUUCCUCCAGAUGUGACCGUUGGCAUUCAGGCCAAAGAGUUCAAUCUUGGUUUCAUCAGACCAGAGAAUCUUGUUUCCCAUGGUCUGAGAGUCUUUAGGUGCCUUUUAGCAAACUCCAAGCGGGCUGUCAUGUGCCUUUUACUGAGGAGUGGCUUCCGUCUGGCCACUCUUCCAGAAAGGCCUGAUUGGUGGAGUGCCACCGACCACCACCGGAAGUUAUAACCUAUACGUGAUCUCGUUGAUUCACCUCAGGAAUUUGAACGGCUCCACAAACCGCGGGCUCAGCUUCCGGCAGGGCAGGUGGAGGGGCAGAUUCCGGGUCGAGAGCCAGACCCGAUCCCCCGGUACGAAAACCGGAGCCUCACUGCGGUGACGGUCAGCGUUGGCCUUCUGACGACACACGGCGCGCUGGAGGUGAACGUGGGCAGCGUCCCACGUCUCCUCCGUGCGCCGAAACCAGUCAUCCACCGCAGGAGCCUCAGACUGGCUCUGGUGCCAGUCAAUACUGGAAGAUCAGUCAAUACUAAGGUGAGACCAUGGUCGUUGUGGAACUGGUAAAGGUUGUAGCUUACCAGCUGGGAGGUGCCUUGGUGCCUUACUCUGGGUGCACACCGAGCAGGAGGAGACGUACACUAUCACGUCCUUAGCCAAGGUAGGCCACCAGUACUUUCCGAUCAAGCAGCGCACUGUACGACCGACACCUGGAUGACCAGAGGAGGGUGACGUGUGUGCCCAGAAGAUCAGACGAUCACGGAUAAGAGCAGGCACGUACCGCAGCCCAGCUGGACACUGCGGUGGAGAUGGAUCUGUGCGUAAUGCCUGCUCUAUAUCCGCGUCCAUCGCCCAUACUCCCGGCGCCACAAUGCAGGAGGCCGGGAGUAUGAGGGUGUUGUCUCUGGGCCUCUCCUCUGUGUCAUACAGUGCGUCUGCCUUCACGUUCUUCGUACCCGGAAUGUAUGACAGUGUAAAAUCAAACCGGGUGAAGAAUAGGGCCCACCUGGCCUGGCGAGGAUUCAGCCUCCUCGCUGCCUGGAUGUACUCCAGGUUAUGGUCGUCCGUCCAGAUGAGGAAAGGGUGUUUCGCCCCUUCGAGGCAAUGCCUCCACACGGUCAAAGCUCGGACAACAGCCAACAGCUCCCAAUCACCAACGUCGUAGUUCUGCUCCGCCGGGCUGAGCUUCUUAGAGAAGAAGGCACAGGGGCGGAGCUUGGGUGGCGUGCCCGAGCGUUGGGACAGGACAGCGCCUAUCCCUACCUAGGACACAUCCACCUCCACUACGAAUGGUAGUGAAGGUGGGCCAGUACCGGAGCUGAGGUGAACAGACCCCGCAGUCUCCUGAAGGUCAGCCUCAGCAGACCAGCGGAGCCGGGACGGCCCACCCUUCAACAGGGAUAUAAUGGGAGCUACAACCUUGCCAAAGCCCCAGAUAAACCUCCGAUAGUAGUUGGCAAAGCCAAGGAAGCGCUGCACCUCCAUGGUUGGAGUCGGCCAAUUACUCAAGGCUGAAAUGCGAUCUCCCUCCAUCUCCACACCUGAGGCGGUAAUGCGGUAUCUGAGGAAGGAGACGGACUGCUGGAAAAACAUACACUUCUCUGCCUAGGCAUAAAGGUAAUUUUCCAACAGUCGGACCAGCACUUUGCGAACCAGGGACACAUGCUCGGCGUGAGUAGCGGAAUACACCAGGAUGUCAUCGAUGUAGACCACCACACCGCGACCAAGCAUGUCCCGAAACACCUCGUUCACAAAGGACUGGAAGACGGAUGGAGCAUUCAUCAAAACGUAGGGCAUCACCAGGUAUUCCUAAUGCCCCGUGGUUGUGCUGAAUGCUGUCUUCCACUCAUCCCCCUCCCGAACCCGCACCAGGUUGUGUGCACUCCUGAGAUCUAGCUUAGUGAAGAAGUGUACCCCAUGCAUUGACUCAAUCACUGAAGGAAUGAGGGGGAGAGGAUAACUAAAUCUAAUUGUCUCCUUGUUCAGUGAUCGAUAAUCAAUGCACGGGUGCAGACCGCCGUCUUUCUUCUUCACAAAGAACAAACUCGAGGAGGUGGGUGAAGUGGAGGGACGUAUAUACCCCUGGCCCAGGGACUCUGAGACAUAUGUUUCUAUAGCCUCCGUUUCAGCCUGCAACAGGGGGUACACAUGACUCCUGGGAGGUACAGCAUCUAUCCAAAGGUUUAUCACGCAAUCCCCCACCCGAUGAGGUGGUAAUUUCAGUCUUAGAAAACACGUGCGCCAAAUCGAGGUAUUCGGGGGGAAAUGCGCAAGGUGGAGGUACCGUCUGGACUUUCCACCGUAGUUGCACCAACGGAAACAUCUAGACACCUACCCUGACACUCUCGCGACCUCCCCGUGAGAGCCCUCUGCGGACAUGAGAAGGUGGGGUUGUUGAGUGCUAGCCAAGGGAUACCUAAUACCACAGGGAAAGCAGGAGACUCAAUGAUCGAAAAAAUAACCUGCUCACAAUAUGUCUCCUGGGUGAUCAUGGUGACUGGUAUAGUGACUUCCGUAACAAACCCGGACCCUAGUGGUCGACUAUCAAGUGCUCUGAUGGGGAGUGGAAUGGAUAGGGGAACCAAUAAAAUGCCUUGACGGCGUGCAAAUGCCCUGUCCAUAAAGUUUCCAGCUGCGCCUGAAUCGACUAGCGCCUUACUACCAUGUGAUCGGGAAAGUGGAUAGGUAGGGUACAGUGCGCAGCAGAGGGCUCUGAACAAGUGUGGGUGUUCCAUACCUGGGGUGAUGUGUGAGUGCCUGCCGCCUCCAGGCCCAAAAGAACGUUGACUACCAGAGUGGCACUGUCGCUGUCCUCCUCCGCUCUCUCGGCCGGCGGCUCCAUCCAGCUCCAUCAGCUCGGGACCGAGUCGUCCGGUGUGGAAACGGGCAGACCCCUACCAGGACGUCCUCUGGCUGCCAGCAGGUUAUCGAAACGAAUGGCCAUGUCCACCAGUUUAUUGAAGGACAACAUGGUGUCCCAGCAGGCUAGCUCCCAUCGGACGUCCUCCCACAGAUGGGACCGGAAUGGUCGAUCAGGGCCCGCUCGUUCCAUCCGGACCCCGCUGCCAGCGUCCGAAACUCCAACGUGAAGUCCUGCGCGGUCCUCAUCCCCUGCCUCAGGUGGACCAGCCGCACGCCUCUCGACCCUCAGGCGGGUGAUCGAAGACCGCCCGAAAGAGGCGAGCGAACUCCCCGUAGUCCUCCAACGCGGCUCCUCCUUCGUUCCACACCGCGUUGGCCCACUCCAGGGCUUUCCCACAGAGGCAGGAAACGAGGACGGACACCUUCUACCGCUCCGAUGGCGCCGGCCUGAUGCUGGAGAAGUACAGCUCCAUUUGGAGGAGGAAUCCCUGGCACAGUGCCGCCGUCCCAUCAAACGCCCGUGGUCGGGAUAUCUGGAUCCCGCCGGGUGCUGGGGUGUAGGUGGCUGGAUCCGGUUGGCCAGCUGGUCUCGACAGAUCGGGUCCUCUCCUCUCCAGACGUUGGAACCUGAAGAACCCGAUCCAUCGCAUCCCCCAAGCUGGCCAGCAUCGUGGAAUGCUCCUGGACCCGUGCCACGACUCCAGGCAUGCGCUCUUCUCCCGCUGACUCCAUAGCAGGUGGGUGAUUCUGUGAUGAGUGUGAUGGAAAGGAGUCAGGCGCAGGAGGGUAAUCACCGAAUAGAGUUUAUUCCUUCGUAGACACACAAAUGCGCUCAAAUAGCGAUCAAUGAAACAGGCACAGGGGAAACUAUCAUCCCUGGCAAAUACACUGUAACGGAUAUCCAAUAAUACAUAGGCACAGGAAAAAAUCUACCCUGGCAACACAAUGUUACAAGUAGCUCCACCGAGCUACACUACUCUCACAAAUAACAAUCACCCACAAGGACAAGGGGGCAGAGGGAACACUUAUACACAGACUAAUGAGGAGAUUAGGACCAGGUGUGUGUGAUUGACAAGACAAGACAAAUGUGAUGAUGAUUGGGGCGGCAGUGGUUAGUAAGCCGGUGACGACGAACGCCGAAGCCUGCCCGAACAAGGAGGGGAGGCAGCCUCGGCCGAAGUCGUGACACUUCCCCAGAUCUGUGCCUCGACAAAAUCCUGUCUCUGAGCUCUACGGACAAUUCCUUCGACCCCAUGGCUUGGUUUUUGCUCUGACAUGCACUGUCAACUGUGGGACCUUAUAUAGACAGGUGGGUGCCUUUCCAAAUCAUGUCCAAUCAAUUGAAUUUACCACAGGUGGACUCCAAUCAAGUUGUAGAAACAUCUCAAGGAUUAUCAAUGGAAACAGGAUGCACCUGAGCUCAAUUUCGAGUCUCAUAGCAAAGGGUCUGAAUACUUAUGUAAUAAGACUUAUGUUAUUUUUUUAAAAGUUAGCAAACAUUUCUAAAAACCUGUUUUCGCUUUGUCACUGAUAUCUCUAUAUCUCUCUGUGUUGUGUGCUUAUCCCUACAGAGAGAACAGUGCCCCAUGAGCUCUUCACCCCUCUACUGAUUGGCUUUGUGUCAGCAGCUGCCCUCCUCUGCGUCAUCCUCAUAGUGCUCUUCUACAAGUACCUGCAGGUGACUCACCUCUUCUCAUGCAUGUCACACCCACUUCUACUACUGGUUACACACUUGUGUAUAAACUUGGCAAAUUACAAACAGUAACUCACAGCCAACGAUAAGGUACAGUAGCUCACCAUGUGCUGAAGUCUCAUGAUUGAUGUUAGUUUUAUGGCGUCCUCUGUACUUCUCCUAAUAUUACUCCCUGCUUGCCUCACAGAAACCCAAAUACCAGAUCCAGUGGAAAGUCAUUGAAGGUAUCCACGGAAACAACUAUGUGUAUAUUGACCCUACCCAGCUCCCAUACAACCACCAGUGGGAGUUCCCCCGGGACAAACUGCGUUUCGGUGAGUUCCUUGGAAUAGCAAAGUUAAUCACCAAGCAUGGAGGUUGUCCCAGACAUCUCUUACAGUAUAUCCAUAAUCUCUAAUCCAGAACUGUAUGAUGUUCAGUUUGUUUUUAGUAUUACCCAGGUCUAUUUAAGAUGUGUAGUAUCAAGCCAUAGCAGCAGCUGUUGAAAUAAGUCUUUUGUUUUGGUAUUUGGAGCCAGCCAAUGUAUCUUUGCGGUCUCAUAAUGAUGGAUGCACACCCUAUUUGCACACCAUAUAGGGUGUGCAAAUAAAGUUUUACACUUUUACAAUAGCUGUGAGCAUACACUAACUGCAUGAUGUAUUUAAUGUAGCUUUUUUCUUAAAUAAACAACCUCAACCCCUCCCUUUAAGCAAAUGUUCUGUUGUGUUGUUUCUUUAUUUUUUUUUUACCACCCCAAACAGGAUUCUGCGUGUCCUGGUGUCUGCUUGCCCUGCCCUUGCAGGGUAAACCUGGUGAUCCCUGGUGCAGGAGUCAGAGCUAGGAUGUGGGUGGGAAACAUGAUGGAAUAACAUUAGUCUGGUUGUGUUCCAUGUCUGUCUGCAGGGAAAACUCUGGGCUCCGGAGCCUUUGGGAAGGUGGUGGAGGCUACUGCUUAUGGAAUGUCCAAAGCUGAUACAGUGAUGACAGUGGCGGUCAAAAUGCUCAAACGUAAGACAGAAGUGAUGACAGAAGUGAUAAUAAAACAUUUUGGAGUGGCUGCGUUGCAGAAUUCUCUGGAAUCUUCUUCCAGAUAGUUAAACAACCAACGCUUCUGCGCAUGAGCGGGAUUCUCUCCCCCUCCGCUGCCGCAACAUAUCAAAGACACGCAGGACACAGACAGGCAGUCUAAAUAGUGAUUUAAUGUUGUUUUUUCAUCAUCAUUGCAAACAUUGAUUAGCUAAGCAGGAGGCAGACAGGCAGUCAAAGUAGUAGUGUUAUUUUUUCAGUUUUUAAUGGUUCUAUGUUAGUUGUGGUUAAAACGCAGAUAGUUUUUGCCCCAAUGCAAUGUGUAGACUGUGUCCUGCUUGUGCUACUGAAAUAUCCUUAGUAACAAUUAUAUCCUUAGUAGCGUCUGCUAAAUGACGUAAAUGUAAUGUAAAUGUAAAAAACAUUAAGGACACCUUCCUAAUAUUGAGUUGAGUUGUCUCAAGGCUUAAAAAUCAUUCUUUAACUUGUCUCCUCCCCUUCAUCUACACUGAUUUGAAGUGGAUUUAACAAGUGGCAUCAAUAAGGGAUCAUAGCUUUCACCUGGUCAGUCUAUGUCAUGGAAAGAGCAGGUGUUCCUAAUGUUUUAUACACUCAGUGUAUAUAUAUUUGUGGAAUGUUCAUUCAAAUCACAGCUAGUUUUUAUAUCAGCUGUUCAGAAAUAGACGUAGGCUACAUCAUCAUGUCGAUCAAAUUAGUUGAUAAGAAGGGUUCAGAAGAGGGUGAGUAAAGUGAACACAUACGCACAACGUGAUUUGGUUCUUUAGCUCUGGGGAAGAGGCUUCCAGGGGGGCAGAAAAGGAUGGUUACCUUUGGUCGCGCAGCCUCAGACAAGUUUAAUAGCAAUAAAAAGAGACACAUUUGACAAAUGUGUGUAUUUUAUGGUGUCUGACUGAUCCGACCUGGUCAAGUCAUACGGUCAGAGAGAACCCCUGGCCCUAAUUAUGAGUGGUGAACACCCUCAACAGAUAUUUGACUACAUCUAUUUGACUAGCUAUUGAGUGUAUGUGUGUGUGUGUGUGUGUGUGUUUGUUUGUGUGUGUGCAUGCGUGUUUGCAUUGAUGUAUGUAUGCUUGUGACAUCAACAGUGGCCAGAGGUGUUUGUGCUAGCAUGAGGUCAAACUAGCACGAGUCCAGAUUUUCUUUGAUGAUGACUUUGAAGCACUUUAAAAUGAUCAUGUUCUGAUGGUUUUUCCACAGCCAGUGCCCAUGCCACUGAGAAGGAGGCGCUGAUGUCAGAGCUGAAAGUUCUCAGUUACCUGGGAAACCACAUGAACAUUGUCAACCUGCUUGGAGCCUGUACUGUUGGAGGUAAGGGGCAGUAGGUCUGGAGGACUGUACCAGCCUUAGAAGUAGAAGAGUUUAUUCAAGAUUAGAAUUCUAAUUAUAUGGUAUCAUCAAUCUGAAGGGUGUGGGUAACUGGGAACUGGGUUUGUCAGAGGUCUUUGAGAUACAGUAAUAAUCUGAACACUCCCCCCUUUUUUAUCACCAAUGAUUUUAUGGCUUGUUGAGCAUUGGAUCAUGUUUUAUGAUGUAGAAGCGGUGAUCCUGAAACUUGCUGUGAUUGUAUUGGUGUGUCUAUGAGUCAGAGUAUUUUGUUUAUCUUUGUUUGUCUUUUGUGUGUUGGUUCUAUGUGUUCUAGUUCUACUCUCAUGUGACAUGGCAAUUGUGCUCCUUGUCUUCAGGCCCAACCCUGGUGAUCACAGAGUACUGCUGCUUUGGUGAUCUCCUCAACUUUCUGAGGAGGAAGAGAGAGACGUUUUUUUGCUCCAAGCUAGGGGAGGACUGCUACUACAGGAAUGUCAUGCUGCAGAGGGAGACAGCUACAGCUGGGUUAGUGUGGCCUCUUUACAAUUAUAAGGAGAGGGUGGUAGUUGAGUGGUGUAUAAUUAUCACAGCACAGUAUGUUCGGUAUGUAUGUGCUGUUGCUUAUGUCAUCUCACCUGCUCACGAAAGUAAAUACCACUGCCGUUGUUGAAAAUUCCCCAAUUGAAAUAAGCAUGAAGUACUCUUUGUUGUUGUUGAGAAAACAUACUUACAGUAAAUGUAUCUGGAGAUUCAUGAUUUAUAUAAGGGAGGAUUUCCUACCCAGUGUGUAGGAGUAAUGUGUACUAUUGGAAUGGCAGCUGAACUGAGAUCAGACUGCUCCUUUCCUCCUCACAGAGACAGCAGGAAUGGCUACGUGGAUAUGAGGCCUUCUGUCACUGGCGUCUUGCCCAAUGGCUUCUCCUCAGAGAAGAGGUGCUCGAUGGGCAAAGCAGGCAAGACAUCCACUCUGAUAUUCAUUGAUAAUUGUCACAUUUAUAAUUUCAGAGAGCGAAUGUAUACAACCUGCAAUGUAUCUUCCUCUAUAAACAAUGAAGCUACCUUUAUACACAAUGCUGCUCCCUCUAUACACCUCUCUAAUUAUCUUGCUCCAUCUCUCUCUUUCUCUCAGGUGGUUCCAGUAGUGAGCCAGAUGUGAGUGAGAUGCUCCAUGAGGACUGUCUCUCUCUGGACACAGAGGAUCUGCUCAGCUUCUCCUAUCAAGUGGCCAAAGGCAUGGACUUCCUGGCUUCCAAAAAUGUAAACCCUUCAUGUCCUCACAGAAGAUCGCCUCUCCUAAUAAGCUCCUGAAACCCCUCACCACUAGCUAUCUAGAACAACAGGUCUAUUUUGUAAUCUGCAAUUAAGUCCAGCUAGUGAAAUCCAUGAUGGUAGAUCAUGUUAAUGUCCAACCAUUCUCUGGAAAGCACCCUUUCCACUGGUAAAGUUGGUUCAAUGUAUGAGAAUAUUAAUGUCCAACCAUUCUCUGGAAAGCACCCUUUCCACUGGUAUUGUUGGUUCAAUGUAUGGAAAUAUUAAUGUCCAACCAUUCUCUGGAAAGCACCCUUUCCACUGGUAUUGUUGGUUUAUUGUAUGAGAUUACAUUUAGACACACACUAAGCCGCACACACACAUUAGUUCCAUCCUCUUUCUUUCCAAACAAUACCAGGAUCACAUUUCCAUGGCUGGUCUACAGGUCCACAACGCAUGUUUGAGCAUGCUACUGAAAAAUGUAUAAGGCAUUAAGGCAAGCGGACACCAGACUACAGCCAGGCCCUGUAUUAGUGUCUGGGUGUGUAUGGAACAGAUUUUGGGAAAGGAAAUGCACUGUCACAAUGUAUUAGUAGUAUUGAAUGUUCUACAGUAUGUUAUUUUAUCUCAUGUUACCUUAUGCUAUCUUAUUACAUUAUGUUUCAUUAUUUGUUUGUGUGUGUGUGUGUGUGUGUUCAGUGCAUCCACAGAGACCUGGCAGCCAGGAACAUUCUCCUGACCCAGGGACGAGUGGCAAAGAUCUGUGACUUCGGCCUGGCUCGUGACAUCACCACUGACUCCAAUUAUGUAGUCAAAGGCAAUGUAAGUCUGCCCCAUCACUCGCUGUAGAUCUCAAUAUGAGUUAUAGAUACUGCCGUGGACAUUUUGCAGUGAAUACCAUCAAUGGAAUAGUCAAGCACAGGCAAAGUAUUGAUAUAAAGUGUGCCUUCAGAAAAUAUUCAUACCCCUUGACUUAUUCCACAUUUUGUUGUGUUAAAUAAAAAUGUCACCCAUCUACACACAAUACCCCAUAAUGACAAAGUGAAAACAUGUUUUUAGAAAUGUUAGCAAAUGAAAUGCAUAAAUAUAUAAUUUACAUAAUUAUUCACACCCCUGAGUCAAUACAUCAGGGUUUCCCAAACUCAGAGUUUGGGAAACCCUGCAAUACAUGUUAGAAUCACCUUUGGCAGCGAUUGCAGCUGUGAGUCUUUCUGGGUAAGUCUCUAAGAGCUUUGCACACCUGGAUUAUACAAUAUUGGCCCAUUAUUAUUUUCUAAAUUCUUCAAGCUCUGUCAAAUUGGUGGUUAAUCAUUACUAGACUACCAUUUUCAAGUCUUGACAUAGAUUUUCAAGCAGAUUUCCGUCAAAACUGUAACUCGGCCACUCAGGAACAUUCACUGUCUUCUUGGUAAGCAACUCCAGUGUAUAUUUGGCCUUGUGUUUUAGGUUAUUGUCCUGCUGAAAGGGGAAUUCCUCUCCCAGUGUCUGGUGGAAAGCAGACUGAACCAGGUUUUCCUUUAGAAUUUUGCCUGAAAAUAGCCUAAUCUUCAUGACUAAUGUUCAAACUUAGAUGUCAAAGUUCAAGGUUCUGGUCUAAUGCUUCUAAAAAUGUUAGGCAUAACCAUGUUCAUGGAGCUCUCAACUAGCCGUUCCGUUUGAUUUAAUCCUAGAAAACUCCCUUCCUCUCCGGCAACUGAGUUAGGAAAGACGCGGACACCUGUAUCUUUAUAGUGACUGGGUAUAUUGAUACACCAUUCAAAGGGAUAUUCAAGGUCUGUUUUUCUUACCAAUCUACCAAUAGGUGCCCUUCUUUGUGAGGCAUUGGAAAACCUCCCUGGUCUUUAUGGUUGAAUCUGUGUUUCAAAUUCACUGCUCGACUGAGGACCUUACAGAUAAUUGUAUGUGUGGGGUAAAGAGAUGAGGUAGUCAUAAAAUAAUUAUGUUAAACGCUAUUAUUCCACACAGUGAGUCCAUGCAACUUGUUAUGUGACUUGUUAAGCACAUUUUAACUCCUGAACUUAUUUAGGCUUGCCAUAACAAAGGGAUUGAAUACUUAUUGACUCAAUACAUUUCAGGUUUUUAUUUUUAAUUAAUUUAUGAAAAUAUCGAAAAACAUAAUUCCACUUUGACAUUAUGGGAUAUUGUGUGUAGGCCAGUGACAAAUAUUAUUGACACCCUUGAUAAAGAUGAUCAAAAAUGACUGAAUCAAAUAAAUUAUUCAAAUACUGAGCUAUAUUGUAUGCAUUAUAUUAAUGUUAUACUAAUACAAUUAACAAGUAAUAUUUGUAUUUCUCAAAAGUUAGGGGUCAAAAUCAUUGACACCUCUGUUUUCAAUACCUUUCAAUACCUCACCUUACGAAGGUGAGGUAUAAAAAAUAUAUAUAUAUGACUUGUUAAUUGUAUUAGUAUAACAUUAAUAUAAUGCAUACAAUAUAGCUCAGUAUUUGAAUAAUGUAUUUUAUUCAGUAAUUCUUGCUUAUCUUAUUAAGGGUGUCAAUAAUGUCGGAGCCCACUGUAUAUCUGAUGGAUGUGAUAUUUUAAUGUGCACUCUCUGACAGCUGUGUGUUUAUGAAUUACUUGAAAUGUCACUGGUAUGGGGUCACCAGAUACAAAUGUCUCAAACAUUCAGCACCUUAGGGGAGUUUUAACCUCUCGUACUAACACAAGAACAAGCAGAGCUGAACAUUGGUUUGAAAUUCCACAUCAACAGCAUCUGCAUUAAUAAUUUCCUCUCACUGGUCCUCAAGCCUCCACAGCUGUAGACAGCUGAAGCGAUGGAGAUGGACUACUUCAAGGAUGUCAAUAGAUUUGCUUUGAUGAAUUUUCUGAAUACAUGAAGUGCAUCUGACAUAUUUGACUGGUUGUGAUGGUUUAUGUUCCAUGCAGGCUCGCCUCCCAGUCAAAUGGAUGUCUCCGGAGAGCAUAUUUGAGUGUGUGUACACAUUUGAGAGUGACGUGUGGUCCUAUGGCAUCUUGCUCUGGGAAAUCUUCUCACUCGGUACGUACGUACACAUUAUCCUCUGUGUGUUUGCAUCCAUGUGUGUGAGUGUCUGUGCGUGUGCGUGUGUGUUUUCAAUUUUUUUCAUCGAUUUUUAUUAUCUUAUUUCCUAUAUGGCCUAUAGGAAGCAGUCCAUAUCCUGGGAUGCCUGUUGACUCAAAGUUCUACAAAAUGAUUAAGGAAGGAUACAGAAUGGAUGCACCAGAGUUUGCACCGAGUGAAAUGUGAGUGUGUGUGUGGUGCGUGUGCAUGUGUGUGUCUUGAGAAAGAAUCAGGGAGUAGGAGCAGUGUAUGCGUGGGUGUACUAUGCAUGGGUGUGAAUAUGUGGGAUUUGAGCAGAUGGCAGAUCUUAUGAAUUUGUCUUCACCAUAAAAGUUCAUAUUAAAACUAAAAAACUGUUAUUAGACGUUAGCUAAAUACAUUCAAUUUUCAGAAUGAUACACUUAGACAAAAGCCUGUAAAGUAUGUUCAGUGUCACUUUGUAAGAGAGAUGAGGGAGAUAACAGGUGUAUGUGCUUGGUGCCAUGUGUGUGUGCUAAAUCUGUGUGCUGUGGUUUCAGGUAUGAGAUAAUGAGGUCGUGCUGGGAAGCGGACCCCUUUAAGAGACCCUCCUUCAGCAAGGUUGUGGAGAGGAUCGAACAACAGCUGUCAGACACCACCAAACACGUAGGUCACUCUCAUCUAACCUGCUUGUGUACACAUGUUGACAGACUAUGGAUUUAAGCUAUUCACAAGAGUUUACCAGCAGUAAAUUCAAUUUCCAUAUUCUUUUGAGAUUUUAUUUUGAAGUGCCAAAAGGUCGAAGCACCUUGAGAUUUUGCUGUAUUUAAUAGUAGCGAACUACUAUACAAAUUCAAUAAAAUAUUACAUGCCCUCUUGUUUUAGUAGCGUACUGCCCUAGCCUUUUGUAAGCACACUCAGUCUCCCCAUCUCUCUUUGGAAAAACCUGACAGAUGUAUUACCUUUUAAAAUACCACCUAUCAAUCAAAGCGUCCCAACCACUGAACACUUCUUAUCAGUCAUCUAAUAAGGCCAGUCCAGCUGGUUGGGAGGCACGUAUCAGAGACUGCCUGUUAGAAGGGCUUGGCUGGUUGUUUUGAAUUAGUUAAUGGGUUACUUUUGACCUCCCUGAGGCCACAGGGGCACAGGGAGUCCAGACAGAGAACAGAGAACAUGACUGUGUGCUCCUCCACCGCAACCACCAAGAGCCACACCAAGAGCCACAUGUUAAGGAUACCACCAGACUAGUCAGCCCUCCAGCCAUAUAGCAGUUAACACACAGAAAUGUGUCAACCGUCCAUUAAUGCACGCACACCACACACACACUCAGUACCCAUUGAACAUCACACGACAGUUAGAGAAGGAGAUGAAUAUGAUUGAUCGAUCACUUGUGCCAUAAUCACCUCUUUCACUGUGUCAUGUCCUCUCUGGUGCGAGUGACAGGGGUGUGAGGUGAAACUAACAGUGACACCUCAGGCCUCUCCUCAUGAACUCAGCUCAACUCUCACUUCUGAAACAUGCCAGUGAGAUCUGAACACAGAGCAGGUCUUCUCUUCUCACGCCUCUCCCUUCACACCUUCAGACCAGAGUCCUUUUUACACCGUGCUGCAUGUUGCUUACGCAGUAAGCAGAACUGCAAUGAAAACACCUCUCCAGCACUACAGAGUAUGUUGUAUGAACUCUUUCUCUCUGUUUCUCAUUCUCUGUGUAGAUCUAUCUGAAUUUCAGCUCCAAGUUUCCGGUUACAAUGGUGACCCAGGGUGCGAGUGUGGACCAGGGGACACAGAACGCCAACGUCCUGCGUCUCAACUCGGUGGGCAGCAGCAACGCCUCCACUCAGCCCCUAUUGGCCAGUGCCAGCGAUGACGUCUUCCUGGAAGAGAUGGCCACCAGGCUCAGGGUCCACCGGGUGUAAGGCCCCGCCCACGAUGGCUGCCCCAUAAAGUGCCUGUUUAGUGCAGCCCAAACCCCCCACCACACCUAUCGCUACCAUAUAAUGUGUCUAGCUAUUAGCCACCCCCUUCCAACCGUAUGUCUAGCUAGUAGCAUCCCCCUUCAGACAGAGGCUUGAAGAAGGACUGGGUCCUCUCAAAGCCUCUGCUCCUGGCGCCUUUAGUGCAUGGACAAGACCUAGGAAUGGCACCCACUGUCUCCAUGGUAUCUGGCCCUGUCUCACAAGCUUGGAUAUGGGACAUUAGCCACACACAGUCUUGACUCUCCAGGCCAUUGAGCUACUGUGUAUCAAGUUUAUGUGCUGAAAUGGACACUAUAUCUUAUAGCUCCAUAAUAGUGCUAUUUUCAGUGGACUUUUCUCAAUGUUGCUUUCACCGUUUCUAAUAUGUUUCAUAUAAUGUUUUUGUUUGCCUCACAUUUCUGUUGUCAAUGUUCAACUGAAUUACUAUGUUUUUUGUUUUGAAUGUAGUUUUUUUUUCUCAAACUAAAUCAUAUAGCAUUUAUAAUGGUUGGAGUUGAGGUGAAGGCACUUAAAUUUGAACAUCAUUCCAGAUGUAGACAUCAUGUAAUGAAGCUUUCACCUUUUUUCUGUUCCACCUUCCACCUUUUAAGAAUUAAUGUCAGUAUUAUUCCACAUGUUCAGUUUUGGUAUUAUGUGAUGGAGAGACAUUUUGUCAGACAAUUCUAGGGCCAAUGGUUUAAAUGAUAUUCAGUAGGCUAAGUCUCAGAACGUCUCAUUCUAAUGAACUGAUAAGUAUGGUACUAUGACUUCAGCUUUUCGUUGAUGUCCCUGUGAUUAUGUGUAUAUAUUGACCUUGGGUAUGGCUAGUAAUAAGUGUAUGAUGUGAGAGGUAGCAUCAGCUUAGAUUCAGCAUGGGAGGUUGCCUGCUGGAGAUUCCUUGUAAAUAUGUAAAUAUGUUGCUUGUGUCGGCACCUCUUCUGUCCUGUAGCGUAUGUGUGACCCUUGUUUACAUUGUCAUCAGACAGGUACUGCUGUAUCACCGUGGUGUUUACUUAGUAUACAAACUGUCACCAACGAUGGGGAAGGUUCAAACAGUGCAUGGUUAUGAGGAGCAUACUGUACAAGGAAACAGGCGAUUACUAUUCAAGGCAUUAGCCAUUUGAUGCUUUCUACUCAUACAGAUUGUCAAAGAAGGCUUUCUGUUUUGAGAUAAAGCCAAUGAUGCUCGUUUCUAAUGCCAAUGUGGAGCUUGCAGUACAGACCAACAACCAUUUAAGCUAAAUGUUCUGAGAAAAAGCCAAUCGAAAGUUAGAUGUUAGAAGUGUCUAGUCAGACCAGGCUGUGACAUGUCUUAUAGCUCCCAACAGUCCUGUGGAUAGUACAGUCAGUGCUCCCGUCCCAGCAGUCAGUAGCUGAUUUCUCAGCCUUCCCUCUGCUCUUUGUGUCCAGCUGCUUCCUCUGACGGAAGUGCUACUUCCACCAUCUCUCAACCAGAGCUCUGUAUACUCCAGACUCCCAUCACUAGGACUUCCCUCUUCCCAUACUGAGAUAUUGUUGUGAAGAGCACCUGGAAAAUGCUGUCUGAAUGACUGAAAGGGUGUGUGUGUGUGUGUCUGCAAGUGUGUCUGCAUGUGUGAGUCUGUGUGUCUGCAUGUGUGCGUCCGUGUGUCUGCAUGUGUGCUAUUUGUAGGUGCCACUGAAUUACAUGUAUGAAAUUUACCCAUCAAACUGUUCAACCCUGUCCUUCCCAAAGCUGGUUAUUUGUAAAUAUGUGUGUGAAUACGUGGAUGCUGUGUUAAUGUUUUCUUUUCUUUUCUAUUGAUAUGGUACAUUUAAUGCACAACUCUGAUAUGCUGUAAUAUGAAAAAUGUCAUACCAGAAAGAGAUACAAAGAUACGUACAUCCACUUAAUAUUUACUGUACAUCUUCUUCUUUGGAGAUAAGCUGCUUGUUUUUCUGUAGAUGUGGUAACUACUGUAAACAUACUGUACCUAUACAUAGUCUUUGUUUGGGCUUUGCUGUAGAAUGUAUUAUUCCUUAUGUAGUGUAAUUUACCCCUUGGCUUGGCACUAUAAUAUAAUAAUAAUAUGCCAUUUAGCAGACGCUUUUAUCCAAAGCGACUUACAGUCAUGCGUGCAUACAUUUUUACGUAUGGGUGGUCCCGGGGAUCGAACCCACUACCCUGGCGUUACAAGCGCCAUGCUCUACCAAUUGAGCUACAGAGGACCACUAACCAUCGCAUGCUGUCUUCUACAAGCAAGCCAAACCAUGUGUUAUUUCUUCUAAACGCUUAUGUACAGCUUUGCCUUACAAAUCAAGUUGUUUUUCAACCCCAAACAGGAAUGCCUUGUACUUUCAUGGAAAUGGCAAAUAUUGUCUAAUUUUGCUAAUUACAAGAAAGGACAAGUAGGACUGUAGGGCAAUAACUUACAUCAAUACACUGCUCUUUCCCUUCUGCCACAUGGAAUAGGAAACAUGAAAAUAGGUAAUUACACAGUAAUGACAUAAUAGUUACAUGGUUAUAUCUGUGCCAUUCAUCAAGCUGUUAAAAAGCACAAUCAAAAUAUUGUUUGAUUAUCCCUAACAAUUUUACUCUAGAACGGUUUAUAUAAUAUGACGGUUGAUAUGAUGCUUGUUUUAGAACUUUUAGGACAUUUGUAUAUUUCCCUGUACGAAGAUACGUUUAUUUUGUGCAUUUAGUUGUAUAUUUAUUUGACAAGAGGCAAUGUGUGUUGUGCACAUUUGCAAUGGAUUGCUGUCUCUUGUGUUACUGUAAUAGAAAUAAAAUAAACCAUCAAAAUUGUUUGGUUAAUGGUGAUUUGUGUUAGACGUAGGUACCUUUUUCAUGUCAGAAUUGUGUGUAUGUGUGCAGUUUGGUUAUUUUGGGUGGCAUUGCUGUCUACUCUUUUGAUCCAGUUGGAUAAUGUGGUGGAGUAAUUUUAUUUAGAUUGACAUGUCACAUAUUGAAUUGUCCCUCAUAGAUCUGAGGGACAUAUUGUCAGCCAUCUGUGUCGAGCCUCUGAACAGGUGAUGCUUCGGGGCACUGUCACUGACGAUCUUCUUCCCAUGCUAGUGUACAGUCAUGCUAGUGUUAAGUCAUGGACUGUAUCUGUUUUUUAAAUCAUGUUUCCUGCUCCAGAAUGGUCAGGGUCUUUUGCUUGGGUCCAGCGGGGGACAUCUGGCUGAAGGGGAACGCCGCGAGGACAGUGGUUUGUCCAGCAGGCCAGGCCGGUGGACGGACAGAUGGAGGGGCUUUGUGCCUGUCACUGCGUGGGCUGAGCCCAUUGUUCUAGCAUCUAUC